UGCUUGCGAAGGAUUCAUUGUGAAAGGACGCGUUAUGCAAGAUUCGAUUGUUUGGCGUGAACUCGUUUUAUGAACGUUUAUUGUGCUAUGUGCUUAUCACAAAGUGUUUACAAGCGCCAACCCUGUCCAUCACUUUACCGCCGUUACCGAAGGGAAAGCCGACAAAACGUCAAAGCCGAACAAGCGCUUUCGAUGACAGCGGGCGUCAUAAUAAAAGCAGUGCCGGGUGAGAAUAACCGCCAGUUUUGUUGCUGCAGAAGUUUCAUUGUUUGGUAGAUUAGAAGCCGAUUGGACAAUUGGACGCACUUGUUUUACAAAUCAUACGCUUCGCGCUUACCCAAGCCAGGCCACGUGCUGUAUACGCCACGAUGGCAGGCAUGCUUAAUCCGGCGACGUUGGAAAAGCUGCUGCAUCCGAUACAGGAAAUACGCGUCCGUUCACUGCAAGACGUCGAAGGUACGCUAAGGCGAGCAUUAUGGGAAAACGUGGACAUUGGCGUGAAUGCAUCGGUUCUGUUCAAGAAUUUAAUACGAUGGUUCGGUCAUGUUCCGUUACUAAUGGAACUGACCGUACUGGAGAUAAUGUCGCUGUUGCUCGAGAGUAAAUACGGACAGGAAAUAGUUACAUUCUUCACCCCGAUGAGAAUCAUAAAGGAGCUGAAAAAAAUUCGUUACCUGAUUGGGACCAACACCAAGUGCGAGGAGCUAGUGGAAAGCAUCAUGAAGCAGGUGGAGCGUUUAAAAACAGGUUCCUCUACCACGUCCAGCAUAACCAGCUCGAUCGAUCUGGACAGUGUAGCUAACAGUGUGAGCAGUCUAAGGUUGGAUACGAACGAGUUCCCCAAUGAUCACGGUGAAUCAACCGAGAGUGAGAAAAGAAAACGAAAAGUUCUACAUGCGUUUGCAUCGCGAUGGAAAGGUGACGAUACGUUCUACACCGAAUGCUGGGAGGUGCAGGACCCAAAUGUGGUAGGGGUGCUGGAGCGCUUGAACGAUUCCCUGUUCGAUGAGGAAAAUGAUGAAAACUUUCAGCGCGCCCUGAACUACAUCGUAUCGUACACCAAAAACUACCCACCGGAAUUUUUUCUGCAGCCUCCAUACAUUGGCCUAUCCCUGUUGCAAUUGAUUCAGUCCGGACGUCUCAGUAUAAGGAGAGGGUACGGAAUGUUGCUCUACUUGGUGGAAUCCUUCCGGAAGCGCAUUCGACAACGGAUGCUCACGGUCACGUACAUCCCUGUGCAGGAAAAACGUGAACGGACGCAAAUUACGUUAGGCGCGUUCGUGUACGAAAUGUUUCGACAGUGCAUCGAUCAAUUGAAGGAACUGUCUAGCGAUAUGGACAAGCUAGCGUCGAACAUGAUUCUGAUAGUACUUAGCCAAACCACCACAUUCCUUAUGACGGAACAUUUUUCCGAUCAGCAAAAAAUUCCUGCCCAUCGGUUCGGGGAGCUGUGCGGUUCCCUCGGGUACCUGGCGAAGCACUAUCGGCAGGAGUGGGAACUGGACUCGAAGAAAUUGUUCACACGCACACGCUACCGCAUUACGAUGCAAAUUUUGCUAGACUUUGUGCGAUUGUGGCAAAAGGAACCGGAAGCAGAGGACGAAGCAGAGGAAGCUGGUGCUGGUGGACGUUCGGGUACCUUACACUAUAAGUUUGUCGAGAUCAAGCUAAGCUCUUCCGCUCACCGUAAAGCGCUGGAAUUUUCGGACCGAAUCUGGCGUGACGAAUGUCUGAUUGCGCUGUAUGACUAUCCGCUCAAGUACUCCUGUCCGGAAAUGUAUGAAUAUUUGUGUGCGCUGGUAGAUAAAGAGAAAGCACCCCUGCUGGACAUAUUGCUGAACUUGAGUGACAAUUUGUCACCUGCGGUGCAGCUGCUACGGGACACUUACAUCAAUGCCAGACUCUCCGAUGAACAUUUGCUUGUGAUGGGUUCGGAGGCGAUAAAAACGCUGUGUCUACAUCGAUCGAUUGAAUUGGUGCGGAUUCUUCUAAAAACGAUUGGAAAUUGUUCCAGUUUCGUGACAGAAGAUGAGCCUCUGUGGGACAUUAUUGAAUCGAUUACGGUGCGUUUGUUGGCGAACGAGGAUGAAGAAAUAAGGAGCGAGGUUUACCAAAUAUGUGCGAACAUGAUGAAAGAUUUCAUUAGCCAGUUGGAUGACAGCGCUAUUCUCACGCGUCGCAGUCAGCUCUCCAAUACGGGACCGAAAUUACGCGCCAUGGGUAUUCCGCUUUCACUUCAAAUCCUUACCGAAAUUACAUGUUUUGGAUACAAAGACAGAAACAGCAAGGUUCAUCAUUGUGCCGAAAUGAUGCUACUGUUUCUGUGCAACUCGAAAGCUUACCUUCAGGACAAAUGGGUGGACGUGCAGGAGAUUCUCCUGCCAAUUGCACCACUUCUCCAGGCGGCCGCGGUAGGAUUAGAGGAAUCAAAACUGGGCAGAGUUGUUAUCGGCAUGUUUCAUCCGGACUUUGGUUUACCGUGGCUCGAUAUACUGCAGGGAAAUCUUCGUCUGCUGUUCCACGUGCAUAGUUCCAUACGCGAGGAAGCGCUCACGCGAGUACUUUUUUUGAUAAGCUCGGUCGAACGGAGUGAGGAAUUUGCGCCACGAAUCGAACACAUCAGCGAUACUAUCCCGAAUAGCAUCUGUAUGCUGCAGGUUCCGUACGGUGCCGGUCGUCAGCAGAUAACUAACGUGUACGAUGUUAGUGCGGUGAAACCGCUGCUCGAUGCACUGGAGCAGGAAAACGGUGAUCCCGCAUUGCGACGUAGCGCACUGACUCAGCUAAACGUGAUGGCGGACGAUCCGGUGCUGUGUGAGCUGAUACACAACACUUCCGGUUGGGUGCUAGUAAUGCAGGCGCUGAGCAGAUCGUUGCUUGUGGAACCUCAGCUGGAUUAUUCGGAUGCGGCCAUUCCGGCAGUGGGCAUACUGACUAAACUUUGCUUCGCGAUCAAAACUUUCCGUCGAUAUCUCGGAUCGAACACGACCGCGUGUCAACUGAUUGUGCGGGCACUACUUGCUCAUCAUCACAUUCCGGUAUUUCGAAUGGAGUGCUGCGCCUUGUUGUAUCUACUGCUGUUCGCAGACUGUUCUACCGGAACUGAACCGCUGGUGUCAUUGCCAUAUGUAUGUGCAACUUCGGCAUUUUCGAUCCCGUUCAUAUGCCAUUUCCAUUGGAGCGUCAGUCCAUUCCGUGAAGUGUUUGGGUCAAACAAACUGUUUAAAAGCAUUAUGACUAACACAUAUUCACCGAAAGACAACGAUGAACGAAGGAGUACGCUCCAAAACAAUGGUCUUGGACCCCUCGGGAAAGAUGAAAAUUUACCCUCUGGCUUUGCUGUCCAGGAAUACGUAAAGCGGUACAUUCGUUUUACGUUUGCCGAGCUAUGGUUUGAUGGGGUGGAAAAGAUACUUAAAAUAAACAACUCCAAGCGCGUCAGCAAUGCAUCGUCACUGGACGAUCAUGAGUGCCCGCUCGAGUACAAAGGCAACAAGACGGCGCUAGCGUUCAGUGCGGAUAUGCGCCUUACCAAGCAAGACAUUCGCUGGCUAAAGAUGGUGGACUUUCUAUCCAUCUUUCGGAAAAGCUUACGGCGACUUGGUUCAGCCAAAGCGCAUACGGACGUAUACAUUGGUCUGGCUACGCUCGAGACUAAUCUGAUCUUUCCACUAAAAAACACCGUUUGCCAGCAGGAUGUCAUCAUUAGCACGCUGAAGCGCUACAUACACACACCACCGGUGACGGUGGCCGAUCAGGAGAUGCUGGUGGAGGUGUUCAACAUAAUCGGUAUAAUGCUGCAUCUUGGCUUCUACAUGAUACGCGACUGGCUGUAUACGGUGCUGGCGACCGAAGACAAUUUCUUCAUCCGUCUACUUCGCUCGGACGAUUGCAUUGAAUCACUGUACCGCAAAAAUGCAAACCUUCUGUGGGGACUGUUGCAGUUGUAUGAUGGUGCGAAGGGCUCAACAGCCACAGCUCCCGAACAAGCGAGUAAGGAUGGAAAGCGGGAACUCACCGAGCGUAUAUCUAAACCCGUAGAUCGAGCCACAAUGUGCGAAAACUCGUGGGAUGUGCGGGUGUUCAAUACGGCACUGGAGCAGUUAGACGUGAUGCUGAAGAAAUGUGACGUUCCACGUAUUGUGUCGCUUCUGGAAGUUCUCGAAACCAUGUCGGCAUUGCUGGACGACGUGCGUCGGAUAGAUAUUACGGAUGUCAUACCGAAGCUGUUACUUUGCAUUCGGUUCGUUGGAUCAACGAACUUUACCGGUUCAGCAAUCGUACGUUCGUGUCUUCUGGCGAUCGCACAUCUGCUAGAACGCUCUCCAGAUGAAGUGGCCGGUUUCGAGUGGAAAUCGAAGCAUUUAAAAACCGUUUCGACGCAGUGUGGCAACAGCUGUACGCUUGUGCGUUCGUUUGCUUGGAAUAUACUGGCCAAAAUUGCUCGCACUUUGCCCGGCGCAGCUGCAAUCGUGAAGGAGUGCGCCUAUCUUCCGGGUGGUAUACACGCGAGCUGCGUUAGCACGAUGUUAGACAUGAAAGAAGCAUGCUUGGUGAAGGAGUCUGCUGUUGGACUGUUGAUAAACUUGUUGUCUCACAACACGGACAGAGAAGGACCGCUGCAUUCGUCCGUCCUGCCGCUUGAUGGAGCAGCAAGGCUACGACGGGCAGCUACCACCGCGACUAGUGCCUCCACGAACGGAUCGGUGGAUUUGAUACUGGAAUUGUUAACGAAGCAGCACUUCUUCGAAGAAUCGGUCCGUUCGCUGGAAACCUAUUCGUGCAUGGAGUUCUUGCUGGACGAUGACAAUCAACAGCAAGACCCAGUUAUAUCAGCCGACAUGGUGAAAGCGUAUGCGGUACUAUACCGCUGUCUGCUUGAGCUGGAUCCGUUAGAAUUCGGGCUGCCGAUCGGCGAGAAAGGUUGCAUCCAAUGGUUGCUAGAAUGCGUCGAACAGCAGGCAAUGCUACCUAACCGAGCCGUAUGUCUGAUGGUAGCUGACGUGUGUCUACUGUUGCUGCGCUGCUUGGAAGAACCUACCCGGGAUCCGCUGUGUUUGCUUCUGGCAGGCCAUCAGAAUUUUUUCGAAAGCAUAAUCUACAUGCUUAACCCGUGGCUGUACGGGAAACUAACGCAACCCGUAAUGGAGCAAACGUUAUGCAGCAUUAUGCGACUCUUGUGCGCACUGGUAGUUACGCCGACCGGGAAACAGCAGAUCCAUCUUGAGUUUGACCAUCAGAACGUUAAACCCAUUGCGAAAAUGAUAGAGAAUGGAAUACUUUACAAAUCAAAAGGGUUUCAAAUCAUGUGCUUAAAAUUCCUUAGCCUGAUGUUUCAUACAUCGGAACCGAUUGCAUCUCCCACCGGAGAGUAUCCAUCUUUUCUGGUUCAGUUCGACACCAUGGAUAUGCUCGCCGAGGGUCCGGAAACAGCAAAGUCUUCGUCGCAAAUGUUCCUAGACGAGGAAUACUCCGAGGUGGAAGACGACACAGAAAACACCAACCCUAACCGUCCGAUGUCAAACGCAGGAACAGAGAAGCGAUUGAAAACGACUGAAUCGAAGGACAGCACACUGCGCAGCGGCUCGGCACUGAUAUUCAAGGCGUUGUUGCACCGUUUUGAAUCGACCUGCAAUCGACAACAGCUUGAAACUGGAGCCAUUACCAGCACCAACUAUAAACGAACCGUUUUCUCAACACUACAAUCCAUGCUGCACUUUUCCGGCGAGGCAUGUCGGGUCGCACGGGAACGCAAUCUGCUGGCGAUCAUUCUCGAUUGGUUCGAUGCCAUCUACGAGGGACUGAUCGGACGGUUGUCCUACCCGGAAUUUGUGCGAAAGCAUGGAGACGUAAAAAAGUUGUCCAUUCUGACGGAACUGAAGGAGCUGGCCAGCUUACUGGGCACGUGGUUCAGUGUGCCGGGGGAGCCACUCCUGCUACACAUGGAACAGAUCGACCGAUUGUGCCAAACCGUACUGCAAUAUUGGCCGUGGUUUAGCAACCACGCUGUGCUACACCUAGAGUUCCUGCAGGUGUUAGCUUUCCUUACGGAAAGUCACAUAAUCGUUUGUAAAGCGCUCGCAUCAACAUUUCCGGGUUAUCCACACAGUAUCAUGAAACUGUUGAUCGUAACCGCCACCACCGAGACGGCAAAAGUGAAGGGUCCGAAGUACGAUCUCCAAUUGCUGCGGGUGUCGUUGCGAGUGCUGAAGAAUUGUUGCUGCUGUCAUGAGGGGCGCAGCAUGAUCGGCAAGCUGAAUGUGUUCGACAACAUUAGCAAGUUGCAUCCGAGCGUAACGAAGCUGCAAAAGCCGUGGAUUGAGGUAACGCACAUAUGGCUAGAAUUUUGGGAGGUAUACACGCGCUACGUUGAUGUCAGCGAAGUGAGGCAUUUGACGGUGUUGGGAGCAUUGACACGCAAAUCCGAUCUUGAGAUACGGCUGCUUGCGAUGGCCAUCGUGCGGAAUCUUACUUUCGUGCCAGCAAACAGACCAGCGCUGUUAGCCUCAUCGGACUACAUGUUUAUCUUGACCAACGCAUUACAACGCACAUCCUGCCGGGGUGAGGUGCUGAUGGCCGCCGUAACGGUGUGGAAAAUGAUUGCCAACAAUCAGCGAGGCAAGGCAGCGAUCAAAAGCAGUCCUUUGGUACGGUUGAUAGAGGGCCAGGUAAAACACUACUCCAUGACACCGGAAGGCAACGAUCAAAACGAACUAUGGAAUGUAUUGAUGACUGUGUAUCAUAUAUUGAAAGCGUAAUAGUACACCUACGGGCGCGCAUCCUAGCGGUCGACGAAAUAAGAGUGAGAAAGCCAUAGCACAAAUAAACAAAAACUCUUAGCAGAGUAGAAGCAGCAGCGACAGCAGAUGUCCGUAAGAAGUUUAAGUUUUUAACAAAACUGACAACUGCGGGCAUGAAACAAGUGUCUUCUUUUACAAGGCGUACAGUUGAAACUGAAGUUUGUAACUUAAAAACAAGAGCCAUUGAUAUGAGAGUGCACUAUAGUGCAGUAUAGGUUUCAUUUGAGUAGUGAGGCAAUAAGUUUAACAUGAUGUUAUGUGGUGAGUUGAUAAGGAUGCCGUGAAUGGAAUAGAACAAAAUCGAACGUAUCUACAGUUUACAGAAAUCAAAACACUCAA